AUGUCGGUCGACCAGAUCAACCAGAUCAACCCCGGGCAGGCCGUCUACGCUCAGGACGAGAACGGCCGGCCGUUCAUCAUCGUCCGCGAGCAGGGCAAGAAGGUCCGCACGCAUGGUCUCGAGGCUAUCCGCAGCCACAUCCUUGCCGCGCGUUCAGUCACCAACAUUAUCAAGACGUCGCUCGGCCCGCGCGGCCUCGACAAGAUCCUCAUCUCGCCUGACGGCGAUAUCACCGUCACCAACGACGGCGCAACCAUCCUCUCCCAGAUGGAGGUUGAGCACCAGAUUGCAAAGCUCCUCGUCGAGGUGUCCAAGUCGCAGGACGACGAGAUUGGCGACGGCACCACUGGUGUUGUUGUACUUGCCGGCGCUCUCCUUUCUUCCGCUCUGUCGCUGCUCGACCGCGGUAUCCACCCCAUCCGUAUUGCGGACGGGUACGAGAAGGCGUGCGAGAUUGCCGUUGCCGAGCUUGACAGUGUCGCUGAGACUAUUGAGUUUAGCAAGGACGACACUAGCAACCUGCUCAAGACGGCCAAGACGUCGCUUGGGUCCAAGAUCGUUUCCAUUGCCCACGACAAGUUUGCUCAGAUCGCCGUUGACGCCGUCCUCUCGGUCGCCGACCUCAAGCGUCGUGACGUCGACUUUGAGCUCAUCAAGGUCGACGGCAAGGUCGGUGGCUCGCUCGACGACACUGCUCUCGUCCAUGGUGUUGUCAUCGACAAGGACAUGUCCCACCCUCAGAUGCCCACUGUCGUCCGCGACGCCAAGCUCGCCAUUCUCACAUGCCCGUUCGAGCCUCCCCGCCCCAAGACCAAGCACAAGCUCGACAUUGAGAGCGUUGAGGAGUACAAGAAGCUGCGCGAGUACGAGAAGGAGAAGUUCAUGGACAUGAUCAGGCGAGUCAAGGACACCGGCGCGAACCUCGUCAUCUGCCAGUGGGGUUUCGAUGACGAGGCCAACCACCUGCUCAUGCAGAACGAGCUCCCGGCCGUCCGCUGGGUUGGUGGCCCGGAGAUUGAAUUGAUCGCUAUUGCCACCAACGGCCGAAUUGUUCCUCGCUUCGAGGACCUCAGCGCUGACAAGCUUGGCCACGCUGGUCUCGUCCGCGAGCUCUCGUUCGGCACCACCAAGGAGAAGAUGCUCGUUAUUGAGGAGUGUGCCAACUCGCGUGCCGUCACCGUUUUCGUCCGCGGAAGCAACAAGAUGAUCAUCGACGAGGCCAAGCGCGCCCUCCACGACGCCAUUUGCGUCGUCCGCAACCUUGUCCGGGAUAACCGUGUCGUGUACGGCGGAGGUGCUGCUGAGAUUUGUGCCUCGAUUGCCGUGUCCAAAAAGGCCGACGAGAUCCCUACGAUUGAGCAGUACGCUAUGCGGGCAUUUGCUCAAGCCCUCGACGCCGUGCCUCUGGCGCUCGCUGAGAAUUCCGGUCUUUCCCCGAUCGACACCCUUGCCGACGUCAAGUCGAGGCAAGUUACGGAGAGCAACCCGCGCCUUGGUAUCGACUGUAUGGGCAAGGGCGAGAGCGACAUGAAGAAGCAGUUUGUGUACGACCCUCUCAUUUCGAAGCGCCAGCAGCUCCUUCUGGCUACGCAGGUUGUGCGUAUGAUUCUGCGCGUCGACGAUGUCAUCACGUCGGUGGACGAUGUCACUGGAUAG